AUGAAGGAGGCUGUUUACUGGCGACCGAUCUACACCAGAUCAUCUCUCUCCAAUUCCACACAGGGAGAAAGAGAAAACACAAAAACAGUGGCCCCUCAACUCAAAACUUCAUCGGUGCAUCGAAAAAUUAACGCGGGUGGUGGAGAAGUGAAGGACGUUAUUCGGUGUAGUAGGUGGAUUAAAAAGUGUGGAAGUGUGGAUACCUUGGACUGCCCCCCGCCCCCGGCGCUGCCUCCGCGGCGCCCACCCUGGCCCCCCAACAAUCUGAGUCCCACGACGCUAAGGAACCUCGGAUCCUCGACGUCUUCAACGUCCCUUUCGUCGACGUCCUCGUCAGCCUCAUCUUCACCCUUGGCCUCUAGGAGGCCAGCGGAGAUCUUCAUCAGGAAGCAGUUUCAGGUGCACGAGCUGCCGCCCCCAACGCCGCCGCCGCUGACGCCGCCCAACUAUCCUGCGCCUCCACGGCCCCCAAGUCGAAUCGGUGGGGAUGAAGCGCGCGUCGCGAGGGCGGGAGGAAGCGGUCGCGGAGCACCCUGCAGUACCCUCGCUAAUGGAACGCCGUCGCCGAGAACGCUACCUCCUCGCGCGGGCUGGGCAGUGCGUACAAAUACAGUUGACUCCUCGCCUCUUCUGCCAGCAACAGCAGCGGCGGCACCAUCAGCAGCAACAACAACACCAGGAGCAACAGCGGCUGCGGCACAAUGGGGUAGCGAGCGAGCACCUAUUUCGUCGCUCUCAUCAACAAGAUUAUCAAUCGCGAGUCCAACGACAGGAACAUCAAUCGCAUCCACCACGAACGCGAACGAUAGACAUCAGCAGCACGAUAAUCAGCAGCACCUCCAUCAUCACCUCCAGCAGAGCCUCCUUACGAACCGUGCCGUAGCAGCCGGUGGCGCGAGGAGCUGCCGUAACGACAGCCUCGAUUUUAGAGGCGGCUCGGUCCUAAUGUCGCGGAAUGCGGCCUCGCCGCCAUCGCGGCCGCCCUCUUCUGCCUCAUCUGUUUCGACAUCCUCGAGCAACCUGGCCCGCGUGCACGGCCACGACCAUAAUAGACCUCUUCCACCUCCGCGAUUACCGGAUACGACGGGGACGUCGAACUUUGUACCUCUAACUGCGCCACUUGCGCCUCUAUCCACUUCCAACAGCUUCAGGACCAAUUCCCGGACUCCAGUGACGACCUCGAAUCGAGUUCAGAAUGGAGAUACGAUCAUCAGAAGUGUUGACCUGGGUACGGGUACUGGCACCACGAGGAAUCGCUCCUCGAACGAGUCACCCAGGAGUCCGAUGGGCGAGGUGACACUGACUGUGCCGAGACCCGACGGCGAUCGAAUUGUCAAUGAGUACGUGGAGACGCCGUUUAGGCCGAUCCUUGGGCAGAGUCAGGACAGGGUCUCGGCGGACGGUACCAAGUGUCCGAAGACGGAAAGGAGGUACCAUCAACAGCAGAAGGCGACACAGCAUCACAAUCGUCAUCAUCGGAGUCCACACCGGCGACAGAACCAGCUGCUGCAGUCUGCUUCGCCAGUUGGGAACACCAUCACCAAGCAACCGGUUUCCUUCACCAAGGAACCAUCCAACGCACUGGGCUCGCCAAAUUCGAGGGGGGAUCCCGCUGGACUUUCCAUCAUGUGUGACUUUUGCGGCAGGUGUAGGUGCGAGUCCUGCCGAGAACCACCGCCACUGCCGAGCAGAUGGCUCUGCGACAAUUCGUGUUUCUGUUCCGCGGAAACCGCACUGGACUAUGCUUCCUGUUUGUGCUGUGUGAAGGGUCUGUUCUACCACUGUUCCGACAGCGGGAGUGGUGUCGAGUCCGAGGGGGGAAGCUGUGCUGAUGAACCUUGUUCGUGUACCGGGUCGCGGAAAACGGCCAGGUGGGCCUGUCUUGGGGCACUCACACUUGUUCUACCGUGUCUACUGUGUUAUUGGCCCUGCAAGGGUUGUGUUGCGGUUUGCGAAGCCUGCUACGCGAGGCACGCGGCUCAGGGUUGUCGGUGUGACCCCACGACAUUGGGGAGGCACCAUCCUGGCGUAGGUGUUCUCAGGGACUCUAGGGAUCCAGAGAAGCGACUUCUCGAUCCCGUAACACCCGAGAUGUAGCCGCAUUUAAGAGUUGAUGCGAGGGACCGGAUGUUUAACGAAUGUAUGUUGAGGUAAAAAACGUAAGUUAUUUAUUAUUCAGUACAGGGAGAAACACGACAGGCGCGCGAAGAGGCGCUCUCGUAGACUCGAUCGACGGAAAUUCGUUUACGCAUAGAUAGCAUAUAUAUUAUAAAUAUAUAAAUAUUAUAUGAAGAAGCAGAACUAAAAUAUAUUGUAUAUUACAUUUGUAUAAAGAACAAACUUUUCUACAGUUAAUUUAUUCGAGUGCGUAUCGCGAGUAUAAUCACAGACAUCGGGCGAUAGAAAGGAGAGUAAGACGAGUGGGCGAGGUAACUUGGUACCCAGGAAGGUGGAGAAACUCAAGCUCUUUAAGACACUUGGAACAAAAAUUGAGUUGAUUCAAUGAAGUAGAAUUCUUUUGGUACAUUUAAAGUCAUUUUUUUUCUCAGUGGAGGAUCAUGUUUUUGAACUGUUAGAAAUGUUUGCAAUUUUAGUAUACAUGGGCAAAUUAUAUAUCCUAUAUUUUUACUGGAUUCAUUACAUUUUGCAAGUUUAUUAUUCUUACGUAUACUAAAUUUCUUUAAUGAAGUUAUAUGCAUACUAAAUCUAUCAAGUGUGCAGUAAAUUUCUUUUACCUGUAUGAGCAAUUCCAGGAUAAACCGAAAGAGAAGAACAAUAUUUUCGAGAAGUUGGAUCAUGUGGAAGAAGAGGAACAUGGUUUUUUAAACAUUUAUGUCUUUUCGGACUCUAAAAUUAGUAUACAUAUAAAUUAGUAUACGCGGAUGAGCUCCAAUGCGCCAUCUAUUUUUUCAAUACAGUCAAAAUAUGAACUCGCGACAACAGAUAAGAUUUUAAAAAUGCCCUUUAAUUUGGGCUUAAAACCAAUUUUUUAAAAUUAUGUUGCAUAGUUUGAUGUAUGAUAAUUUAAAGUAUUUUAUAUAUGUUUCAACACUUUAUAAGCUUGAAUUAACUUACCUUGACGUAAAAAUGAACUUCAAAUAAAUUUUUAAUAAUAUAUGCAUGGAAUAUUUACUAUCUAAAAAAUUAUAACCUAAAAGUUAGGUAGGAAUUCAUAUUUCAUUUCUGAUCGUGUAUAAUUCAUAUUUCUUGCAUAUUCUGAACCAAAUAUUUUGCUAUGUGAAUUAACUAAAGUUCAUUUUGGCUUAUGGUGUGUUGAAACUUAUAUCACCUUGCAAAAUAAUUAUUUUCUUGGCAAAAAUAGUUUUAACAGGAAAUAUGUUUUUUCAGUGAAUACGAUGCAAAAUUUAUAUGCAACACUUGAUGGUUAAAUUGUUUUAAAGUCCAAUUUCAAAUGCAACUUAAAAAUUCUACCUCGUUUCAAUAGUUUGCGACAGCGGCGCGCCAAAUAUCUCAGAUCCUAAUACUAAAUUAUUUGAAUGUACUAAAUUAUAUGAAUAUGCGAAAUUUACUUAACUUUGGUAUACUAAAUUUAAUUUAAUGUUUUUCAUUCUUACUUCCAUUACAUGUAUACAAAAUCCAGUGCAGAUUUUUCUAACAGUGUGCCUGAUACCCCACUCUACUCGAUAAGAGCAGAGUGUGUGGUACUGGCGGCCAAUGGCGAUUGCAACCUCAUCAUCUCGUUUUGUAUGAAACUUCUCUGGAGGUUUGAUAAAAAAACGAGCAAGGUCAAGUUGCGACGUUUUUUUUCAAAUUCAAAUUUUUUAAAGGAGACUUCCGGUUCCAAGUGUCCCUCGCCCAAUGGGGAUGUGUGCGUACUUGCCUGCGUGUUCGGAGAGGGGAUAAUGGAUGAGAAAAUGAGGUGUGUGUGUGUGUGUGUGUGAGUGUGUGAGUGAGUGUGAGUUCUUAGGAAGACCGAGGUAAGGCGUAGGAUGGAGGGUCUGAGGGAAGGAAAUGACGGUCGUGUUGACUCUAUUAAUUUUUUUCCAGUAUUAUCUAGUCUUGCGAACGUUUUGUCAACGUGAAACUGAAUAGGCUUUUUUCGAGCAAACGCGAGUGCGGAAAGGACGAGAGACGAAGGUAUUCGUCGAGCCUUUCUCGCAAGUCGGGGGUUGGGAUAUGUGUGCGCGCGAAACUGUUAAUCGAGAAAGAAUGUUGUGCGCAAGGUUGUUGUCUUAGACGAAUUCUGACUUGUCAAAGCGACACUGCACUUUUGUAAUUAAUUAUCGUACGUAUUUAUAACGAAUGUGUAACUAAUUUAAUAAAUUAUUCUCCGUGGGUCUCUCACGCUUUGGACUAAAUUCGGACUGAACGGACUCAAGCUUUAGAGAGUGUAGGUGCGAGAGAGAGAGUGAGUGUGAUGCAAAGAUAGCGCCACCCCGUUGCGAGAAAAGCGGACCUGAGCAACGCUAAACACACAAAAUGUGCUUAUACUCUAUUCCCCGCGAGACAAACCAGCAGACGCGCAUCUUUACGUUAUUUGGGUGGAGAUAUUGUCAGAGAAGGAGUUGCCUGGAUUGAAAGUGUCCAUUAUUAAAGCAGGCAAUCAAUUUUUUUUUUUAUGACGUUCAAGAAGCGUGCGGGUCAAGUCUCUUUAUGAAAGGCUUCUCUCUUCCUCGAGAGAUUAGAGUACAGUAAAUUGUACUUUCUUCCCUGCAGACGCGCAUCUUGACGUAUUUGGGCAGAGAUAUUGUCAAAGAAUGAGUUGCCUCGAUAAAAAUUUCCAAUAUUGAAGCAGGCGUUCAAUUUUUUUAGUGACGUUCAGAGACCGUGAACGUAAGUUGGUCCUGUGGGUUAUUCUCUUAUGGAAUAGAGUAUAGGUCGUGGAUAAAUUCACCAUGCUCGUGAUCGAGGACGCCAGGACGAAAUUUUCCAAAAUUUUCUUUCAGAUUGUACGCUCUGAAAUUGUGUUUUUCUUUUUUUCUUUCUUUUUUCUUUUUAAAUAAAAGUCGUCGAUGACGAGCUUGGGAAUUAGGUGGAACAACGCGUAACGAAAAACAAACUACUAUUCUCUGUAUGCGGACAUGUUGAUGUAUAAAAUAAUACUAGCUAGGUAGAGUCCAAUCCAUUAAUCGCUCUGUAUAUGUCUUGUAAAUAUAUAUUUGAAAAAAGUCGACUAAACGAAAUCGUCAUUCAUACCAACUUCUUAGCGUAAGUCUUAACAUUAAGUCUGCGAAUGCCAAGAAUUAGAAUGGAUUGUGCACAAGUUGAGUUCUGUUUUAGCAGAUUUUAACAGUAUUUUGUAAUAAAUAAUAUACUAUUUA